AUGGGUUGCUUUCUUGGCUGUUUCGGCUUGUCUUCUAAGAGAAAGCGUAGAAAACCGGGUUCUAAAGACCAUAAGAAACUUGGUAGUUAUGAACCUCUAGAUUCUGUUUCUACAAAUCUUGGCACUACAGGGAAGCUCAUAACCUCCGAAACUGAACUCAGCAGAAGACCUAAAGAGUCGUUGAAUUAUAAAGUUAGAAAGAAGGUGAGCUUCAAUUUGAAUGUUCAGACUUAUGAGCCAAUCCCGAAUGAGGAAUGCACAAAUGAUUAUUGGGAAAGUGACGAGGAAGAGACUGACAAAGAUGCUGCAAAAGAAAGGCAAUUUUCUUCUGUCUCUGAAGGGGAUUCAAUCGCGUCCAAGAUUGCUUCUUAUCCGUCAAAUUAUAGGUAUAGAAACUGCAUUGACAGCUAUGUUGAAGAGGAUGAAAUUGCAUAUGAAGAAAGUGAUUUGGAUGAUGAUGAUGGAUUCGACGACGAUGAAGACGAAGACGAAGGCGAUGAUAACAAUGGCUGCAAUAUAGAUGAAUUGAAAGUAAAUCAAAAGGAGUUUUCUGGGCAAUUCAGCUCGUUAUCCGUGAGUUCACAGAAUAGAAAUUCUUUGACAAAGUUGGGAGAGGACACAACUGCAAAUCUAAAGUCCUUUGGUGACUCGAACGAGGGAGGAUUGAGAUCGUGUCAAUAUGUUCAUUCCGUGCUGAAACCAGUGGAAAAUCUCAGUCAAUGGAAAGCAGUGAAGAUAAAAGGAACUCAGCCACAAAAGCAACAGAGGAAAGAAAAUUUAGCAUUUGAGCAACACCCACAGAAACCCCUUAGUUCAAUCUCGAAUAUCAGUCACUCCACACCUCUCCAGCAAGAAAUUGCAGUUGAUGCUAGCCUCUCACACUGGGUAGUUCAUCCUGAUUCUUACCAGAAGAAAGCUGCAUUCAAUGAUGUUGAGACCAAGCCGUCAAAGAAAAGCUUGCUUGACAGUACAUAUUCAUGGAGAAAUAGAGAAGAUUUGCCGAUUCUAGACAUUGCCAACUUGAACGCCUGA